AAAGGUUUUGGCAUGCUCUGAUCACGUUUCUGCAGUCCUUUUUAGCGUAGGAUGCGUGGUUCUGGAGUUAUGAGAAUCAAUUGCAAAUCCAUUUAUUGUUAUCUCACUCAUUUCCGGUGCUCCUGACCCUCAUCAACGUUCCAUUCUUCUUAUCUAUACUUCGAACACCCUUUUAGCGUUCUUAUCUAUUACACGCUGUUAACCCUCAUUAUCUUUCAUUUCCUAUGUCGUCAAUAAAACACAACCAUUCAUUUUUUAUUUUUUAUUUCAUUACUUUUUUCUACAAAAUAUGAGUGGAACAUCUCAUCCACAAAAAUAUCAUUGUACAGUGUGUUUCCUGUAAAUAUGUUCGUAAAACUAUUCAUUGAACAUCCUUGAAACUUAAAUAGCAAAUACAUUAAGCAAUAUUCACCACAAACUGACGUCCAAUCAUUCUGAAUCCUAUCAACAUUCCAGUCCCAUCUCUUACAAUUCCUUUUCAAAAACUGAAGAUGAUAUCGCUCAGGUGUUCGUCCAUAUGAAUCAAAAUAUUGACCGAUGCCAUUCACAUCGAUAUGUACAGCUACCCAGUGUGAGCCUGGUUUAUCAUCCGCAUCCAAAUUGCAUAUUAUAUACGUUGGUACAUGUGUAUACAUAGGUAGUCUAUUAGCAGCAUAAACAUUAUUUUCUAGACUGGGAUGAAUCUUUUUCAUAUGUUUUUUUAAUUCUAGUGUAUCCAUGAUAUCACUGUUAUUAGCAGUUUAUUGCAGUACCAAUCUAUUCAAUGGUUGUCAUAGGAAUGUUCAAUUAUAGUGAUUUGUAAAUCGCAUAGUGAUCUUCAUGCCUGUUGCGACGUGAGAUAAGUUUGUUGACUCAUAGAGUUCCGUUGUACUUAGGAAUUUACUUCAGAUAACGUGGUCAUAGUAAUGUGUAAUUAAGAUAGUGAUUUGUGGGAGUCACAAAACAUGUUCAUGCCUGUUGCGACGUGAGAUAAGUUUGUUGACUCAUAGAGUUCAGAUAAGAAUGGUGCUAUAUAAGAUCGAACAGUUGCAGUCAUGCAGUCAGUCUAUGGUCGUUUGACCACAGUGGAUUGUGUACGUCUACCAAUACUACGUUUGUGUUACUUACUUCAACGCAUCAAUGGUCAUGGAGAGAUCAUUCAACUUCGCAGACGAUAAUGAAAAUACCUAUAAACAGUAUUACUACUCGCCACUCUCUCCCCAACACGAAGAAGAGAGUGAUGUCAUCGUCGUUAAUAACACAGACGAUGGAGGAAAAAGGAAAUCGCAACCGAUUGAUCAAUUUUUUGAAGUGACACCAAAAAUAAAAAGGAAGAAGCUGCUAUCGUCGACUGUGGCACGAGCUGCUAGAGAUGGCGUAUCAUACAUCUCUACAAAUUCUGACGACGGAGACCAAGCGACGCAUCUCAUAAAAAUUGAAAUGUAUGAUAUGAAGAAACUAUCCAAGAUUCCAAUUAGUGAUCACUGGAAGCACGCUACCACGAGGAUUAAAUAUUACGUAAAGAAUAAUAAGGAUAGCAUCUACGACAACACAAACGGUCUCGUAUACAAUAUUACAAAGACAAUAGCAGAAAGUGAAAAAGUUAAAAAAUACUUUUUUAACAAUGACACUCAUUAGUGGAUUAGUGAAUGUGAUUCUGUUUACUUAAAGUACUUCUGUGUAA